AUGUAGAUCUACUACUAGUUUUACUGCUACUGAUGUCAAUUACCUCCAGUCAGUAGUCUUAGCUGGAGGCAGCAGUUCUAACCUGAUUUAUAAUAAUCUCUAUUUGAUUGUUUGUCUACGUAUGCUCCUCCUCUUAUCAGGAGACGUUGAAUGCAAUCCUGGCCCUACAAUUGAUGAUCGACCUGAUACUUUACUAUUAAUUCAAUGGCUUGAACCACUUGUUGACUGGAAACGAUUUGGUUUAUUUUUAGUUGAAAUGAAAGAGCAUGACAUCUUAAAAAUUGAGCAAGAAAACAUACAUUUACAAACUGAACAUAAAAAGUUUGCAUUAUAUUCAAAAUGGUUGUCAGUCAAUCCUAAAGCAACAUGGAGAGAUGUCAUUGAUGCUUUGGAAAAUAUAAAAGAGAAUACAUUAGUUCAAGAUAUUAAAAAUUAUAUGGACAGUGAUGCUGCCUCUACAGUAUCAUCAUUAUCACCAAGGAUAUCAAAUUCAGAUGGAGAUAUUGAAAUUAUAUUUUUUCCAAAAGAAGAACAGAAAGUUCAAGACUCUUUAGAUGAAUUACAAGUAAAAUUCUCUCACAUCAUGAUAGAAAUAAAAUCAGUUAUUCGUAUGAAAGUAACUAAUAAUGAUGAACUCCCGACUAAAAUAUCCAAUUGGGUAGAGAGUCACCUUCAUUUGGAGCCUGGAACAGUAGAUAAUGAUCUAGGUGAUAUUUUCAAAAAGAUUUAUUUUUAUUAUGAUUUCAGUGAUUGUAGCUUGAUAGUUGCUAUGUGUGAUGAGUUUAUAAGUAAUAAGAAAGAUCUACUUGAUGAACUGAAGGCUUAUUCAUUAAAAGCUAAUGCAUUUCGUUCAUCAAGGCCAAUUAUAGAACUCAAACAAAAGCUACGGAAAGUGUAUGGACCUUAUAGAAGACAAUUAGAGAACAUGCCAUUGAUAUGUAUUGAACUUCAAAGUCAUUGGGAUAAAGUUAAAAUCAAUACAUUAAGAACUCUCAUUAAAAGUUUACUCCCAGAAGAACUUAGACAAUCAGUAAUGAAGUGCAUCACUAUUGAGGAAGGAUGUGUCAUCAUCAAGUUACAUAUUCUUAAUUCUACAGCUGAUAGUUUAAUACAAUAUAACAGAAGAAAGUUAGAGUUUAUACGUCUCAUUGGUAUAUUUAGUUUGUACAUUAACGCUCAUCCAGUCCUUCAAGACGAUGAGAAUACAAAUUUUACCUUUGAACUAGCUCUCCUUGAGGCAGUCACAGUCGGUAAUAAUAAAGCGGUGAAGUUUCUUCUUCAACUAGAAACUAUUAAUAUUGAUCACACUAAUGAGGAAGGCAAGACAGCACUAAUGUUAGGUUGUCAAAGAGGACAUGAGGACAUUGUACACAGUUUAUUGUCUGCUGGAGCUAAUGUUGACAUACAAACAAGUAAAGGAAGGACUGCACUAAUGAUAGCAAGCAAACAUAAUCAUAUUUCAAUCAUUCACUUGUUACUACAAGCUAAUGCUAAUCCUCACCUAAAGACUUCGAAAGGAAUAAAUGCUUUAGUGAUUGCCAGUUACCAUGGGAACUAUGAGGUUGUCCAACUGUUAAUUAGUGAAGGAGUUGAUUACAAAUAUCAACAAGAAGAUGGUUGGAAUGCUCUUCUCUUUGCUAGUCAAUAUGGUCACACUCAAAUAGUUGCCUUGUUGCUGAAGGAACAAGUUGAUCCUAAUGCUCAAAACAAUGAUGGAAUAAAUGCUCUUAUGCUAGCUUGCCGAAAUGGCCACUCACAAAUUGUUGAACUAUUGCUUAAUGAAGAAGUUGAUCCUAAUGUUCAAAACAAAGAUGGAAAGGAUGCUCUUAUGCUAGCUUGUCAAAAUGGUUACUUCCAAAUAGUUGAACUAUUGCUGAAAGAACAAGUUGAUCCAAACAUUUUAAACAAAGAUGGCUGGAAUUCUUUAAUGGUAGCUUGCGAAUAUGGUCACACCCAAAUAGUGAAACUGUUACUGAAUCAAGGUGCCCAGCUUUUUCUUUUGGUUGAUCCUAAUCUUCAAAAUGAAGAUGGGUGGAAUGCUCUUAUGUCAGCAUGCAACAAUGGUCAUAGGGAAAUAGUUAAACUGUUGCUAGAGGUAGGAGCUGACCCUAACUUAAAACAUAGGUCAGGAUAUACGGCUCUGAAGUUUGCUCGUGAGAACGGCCAUGAAGAGAUAGUUGAUUUAUUACCUAUGCCUCGAUUAAGCAUGAUACAGUCUGUUUGUGUGUGUAUGCGUGCAGCAUAUAGACUAUUCCCUUAUCCUGUUUUGUACAGAGAUAUUGAAUGCAAUCCUGGCCCUAAGAUUGAUGAUCAACCUAGUUAUCCAUUGUUAAUUGACUGGCUUGCACCACUGGUUGACUGGAAACCAUUUGGUUUGUGUUUAGUUGGAAUAAACGUUUACGACAUUUUAAAAAUUGAACGAGAAAAUGCUACAAUUGAAGACAGAAAGCUUGGGCUAUACAUAAAGUGGUUGUCAAUCAAUCCUAACGCAACAUGGAGAGAUGUCAUUGAUGCACUGACUAGAAUAAAAGAGAAAAAAUUAGCUCAAGUUAUUAAGAAUCAUAUAGGCAGUGAUGCUCUCUCUACCUCAGAUGGAGAUAUUGAAACUAUAUUCUUUUCAAGAGAAGAACAAAAUGUUCAAGACUCUUUGGACGAAUUGCAAGGGCAAUUCUCUCACAUCAUGACAGAAAUAAAAUCUAUUUUACGCAAAAAAGUAACUAAUAACAGUGAACUGCUAACUAAAAUAUCUGAUUGGGUAGAGAGUCACCUCAUUUUGGAGCCUGGUAGAAUGGAUGAUUUAAAUGAUAUUUUCAAGAAGAUCUAUCUGUAUUAUGACUUCAGUGAUUGUAGCCUGAUAGUUGAUAUGUGUGAUGAGUUUAUAAGUGAUCAUACAGAUUUACUAAAACAAUUAAAGGGUUAUUCAUCAAAAGCUAAUGCAUUUCGUUCAUCAAGGCCAAUUAUAGAUCUAAAACAGAAACUAUGUAAAGUGUACAGACCUUAUAGAAGACAAUUGGAGAAUAUGCCAUUAAUCUGUAUUAAACUUCAAAAUUCUUGGGAUCAAAUUAAAAUCAAAGCAUUAAAAACUCUCAUUAAAAGAUUACUUCCAGAAGAACUUAGACAGUCAAUAAUGAAAUGCAUCACUAUUGAGGAAGCAUGUGUCAUUAUCAAGCUACAUAUUCUUAAUUCUACAGCUGAUAGUUUAAUACAAUAUAUCAAAAGAAAGCUAGAGUUUUUACGUCUUAUUGAAAUUGUUAAUAUUAAUCAUACUAGUGAAGGGAAGACAGCACUAAUGUUAGCUAGUAAAGGAGGACAUGAGGACAUGGUACACAGUUUACUGUCUGCUGGAGCUGAUGUUGACAUUCAGGACAAUAAAGGAUGGACUUCACUAAUGAUGGCAAGUGCAAAUAAUCACAUGUCUAUCAUUCACAUGUUACUACAAGCUAAUGCUAAUCCUCACCUGAAGACAUCAGAUGGAUUAAAUGGUUUAAUGAUUGCAAGUUACCAUGGGAACUAUGAGGUGGUCCAACUCUUCAUUAGUAAAGGAGUUGAUUAUAAAUGUCAACGAGAAGAUGGUUGGAAUGCUUUUAUGUUUGCAUGUGAAUAUGGUCACACUCAAAUAGUGGAACUGUUGCUUAAUGAACAAGCUGAUCCUAAUGUUCAAAGGAACGACGGAUUAAAUGGUUUUAUGCUGGCUUGUCAAAAUGGUCAUGCACAAAUAGUCGAACUAUUGCUUAAUAAAAAAGUAGAUCCUAAUGUUCAAAAGAAAAAUGGCUGGAAUGCUUUUAUGGUGGCAUGUAAAAAUGGCCAAAUUCAAAUAGCUGAACUGUUACUGAAAGAAAAAAUUGAUCCUAAUGUUCAGGAUAAAGAUGGGUGGACUGCUUUUAUGAUGGCUUGUUGGAAUGGUCAUACUGAAAUAGUUGAAUUGUUGCUGAAGAAAAAUGUUAAUACUAAUGCCAGAGAAAAAAAUGGUUGGAAUGCUUUUAUGGUGGUUUGUGAAAAUGGUCAUACUCAAAUAGUUGAACUGUUGCUAAAGAAAGUUGUUAAACCUAAUGUUCAGAAUAAAGAGGGACUGAAUGGUUUUAUGCUGGCUUGUCAAAAUGGCCACAUUGAAAUAGUUAAACUUUUGCUGGACUGUAAAGAAAAAGUUAAUCCUAAUGCUCGGAAGAUCAAUGGAUGGAAUGGUUUCAUGUUGGCUUGUGAAAAUGGCCACACUGAACUAGCUAAACUGUUGCUAAAGGAAGAAGCUGGUGUCAAACAUGCUAUCAUUUUUGCUUGUAAAGAGGGUAACACUGCAUUAGUAGAAAAAUUACUAAUGGCAGGAGUUGAUCCUAAUGUACAAGACAGGAAAGGAUAUACACCUUUGAAGAUCGCUAUUGCUAAAGGCCAUGUGGAAAUAGCUAAGUUAUUAGUACAAUGGUCACCUGAUUCAGAAAAUCAAGCAAAUGAUGGUCAAUCAAUCUGUAGUAGUUCAAGUAGAUCUUCAAGUUUCUAUUCAAUGACAUUACUUGAUCGCUGAAAAUAAGUUAGUCUAUCCACAGUGACUAGAUACAUGUACUUGUAGAAAUAAUAUUUCCUCAAGAUUUUUCUCAUUAUUAUACAUGUAAAACUUGUCCUCUUUUUUCAAUUAAAUGUGCUGCCUAGCUUAUACAUUUUAUUAAGUAGUACUGAAAUGAUGAUGGUAGAUAACAAAUAAACUAUUAAUUAAACUUUUCUGUG